CGAGGCGCCGGCCAAUCAGCGGUCGCGGAGCUGCAAGGAAGGAAGAUGGCUGCCGCGGACGAAGAGGGCGGCCAGAGUGAUAGCAAAAAGGACGACCCAGCUUCACACGAGACGAGCAAGCAAUUUUCCACUAUUCAUCAGGAAAUAGAGAAUCAACUUGUGCGCCAAGGGGCUAGUUAUGAGAACCGUGUGAGUGCUGUUCUCUCUGGCUGGGAACACCUAGCUGGCACAGUGCAAGGAGAUGUCAGUGAAGUGCAGCCACUUGCAACCUUCCUUUAUAAAUGGAGCUUGCGACUAAUUCUGCAGGGAGAAUGGCCAGGCCUGGCCCAGAUUGUGAAGACAAGACUUGGUGUCACUCUACAAAGGUGUUCCAAAGUAGCCAUCCUUGACCCCCUGUGUCGGACUCUCAUACCUCUCGUCUCUGACCCUUGGGGACACCCAACACUCAAGGCUAUCCUUUCUGAAGCAGAGGUUGAGGACAGUGAAGCCUCAAAAUAUAUUUCAAAUGAAUCUUGGGAGGUGGUUCGUGUUAGGGUGGACACUAUGGUGGAAUCACGCUGUGAAGAGCUGGCUUUUCGCGUGCUCAAGAUCUGUGUCAGAUGUAUACGUCUUAGAUCAGAGGGGAUGGAGGUCCCUUUAUACACAGAUGAAGACCACAAUCAUUUCGUUGAUCUCUACUUUGUUCUUCUCUACAAAUUUCAGCGCAAAACUUUUUUAGACGAGGUUGCCCAAAGGACCAUCCAACAACCAUACCUGGGAGAUGGUGGCCUCCAUAGAGAAUAUUAUGACCAUGUGCAGGAACCUAUUCCUGUCCAUCAUUUAACUCCUUGGAUCCACUUGCUUCAUGACGCUUUCACACUGGCCAGAAAUAGGAUACCGAGCAUGGAAAUGGUGUCCUCCCUGGAGCCACCUUUAGCUGAAAAGCUCAAGAUGGCAAGUUUGCGUUAG